AUGCCGGGGUGUCGAGGAUGGCUGGAUGUGGUUCCAGGGACGUCGCUGGCUGGUCGUCUACAGCAGGAACCUCAGACUGUUCGGGACGGUGAGAAGCCGUAUUCCUGUUCUGAGUGUGGGAUAUUUUUUUCAAAGAAGUCCAGUCUUUACAGACAUCAGAGAUCUCACAAGGGGGAGAAGCCAUUUUCUUGUCCUGAGUGUGAAAAAAGUUUUGCACAAAAAUCAAAUCUUGUCACACAUCAAAAAUCUCACACGGGAGAAAAGCCGUAUUCCUGUCCGGAGUGUGGGAAACGUUUUUCAAAGAAAUCCCAUCUCUACAGCCAUCAGAUGUUACACACAGGAGAGAAGCCGUAUUCCUGUUCUGAGUGUGGGAAAUGUUUUUCACAUAAGGCCAGUCUUAACAUACAUCAGAAAUCUCACACGGGUGUGAAGCCGUAUUAUUGUCCUGAGUGUGGGAAAUGUUUUGUGAAUAAACCACAACUUGUCAUACAUGAGAGGUAUCACACGGGGGAAAAACCGUAUUCCUGUCCUGAGUGUGGGAAAUGUUUUUCAGUUAAGUCGCGUCUUUACAAACAUCAGAAAUUGCACACAGGUGAGAAGCCAUUUUUCUGCCUUGAGUGUGGGAAACGUUUUGUACAAAAUUCAGAACUUGUCGUACAUCACAGAUCUCAUACAGGGGAAAAGCCGUAUUCCUGUCCUGAGUGCGGAAAAUGUUUUUCAAAGAAGUCCAAUCUUUCCAUACAUCAGAGAUCUCACACGGGGGAAAAGCCCUAUUCCUGUGCGGAGUGCGAGAAAUGUUUUUUAAAAAAAGUAGAACUUGUCACACAUCGGAGAUCUCACACAGGGGAAAAGCCAUAUUCUUGUUCUGAGUGUGGGAAAUGUUUUGCAGACAAGUCCAAUCUUUGCAGACACCAAAAAUUGCACACUGGUGAAAAGCAAUAUUCCUGUUCUGAGUGCGAGAAAUGUUUUAUACAAAGAUCAGAACUUGUCAGACAUCUGAGGACUCACACAGAGGAAAAGCCAUACUCCUGUCCUGAGUGCGGGAAAUGUUUUUCACUUAAGUCCAAUCUUUACAAACAUCAGAGAUCUCACACGGGGGAGAAGUCAUAUUCCUGUUCCGAUUGUGGGAAAUGUUUUUUCCAAAAAUCAGAACUUGUCACACAUCAGAGAUCUCACACGGGGGAAAAGCCGUAUUCCUGUCCCGAGUGCGGGAAAUGUUUUUCAGGGAAGAACAAUCUUAGAACACAUCAGAGAUCUCACACGGGGGAGAAGCCGUAUUCCUGUGCUGAGUGCGGGAAACGUUUUUCAGACAGGUCGGUACUUAACAAACAUCAGCGGGUACACACAGGUGAGAAGUUGUAUUCCUGUUCUGUUUGCGGAAAAUAUUUUAAACAAAAAUCAGAUCUUGUCAUACAUGAGAGGACUCACACAGGUGAGAAGCCGUAUUCCUGUCCCGAGUGCGGGAAAUGUUUUUCACAGACGUCCAGUCUUUACAGACAUCAGAGAUCUCACACGGGGUAAAGCCACUUUCCUGUCCUGAGUGAAGAAAUUGUUUUUCAAAGACGUCCAAUCUUAACAGACAUCAGAGAUCUCACACGGGGAGAAGCCACGUUCCUGUCCUGAGUGAGGGAAUUGUUCUUCACUGA